AUGUGUUCUCUUCCCAUGGCAAGAUACUACGUAAUUAAGGAUGCAGAUCAGAAGGCGCUGUACAUGAAGGACAGCCAGCUCCUUGUGGGAGACCCUGGUGCAGACAACUGCUGUCCAGAGAAGAUCUGCGUCCUCCCCAACAGAGCCCUGGACCGCACCAAGGUCCCCAUCCUCCUGGGCAUCCAUGGAGGGAGGCGCUGUCUGGCAUGUGUGGAGACAGAAGAGGGACCUUCUCUGCAGCUGGAGGAUGUGAGCAUCGAGGAUCUGUACAAGGGCGGGGAGCAGGCCACGCGUUUCACCUUCUUCCAGAGCAGCCUGGGUUCUGCCUUCAGGCUCGAAGCUGCUGCUUGGCCUGGCUGGUUUCUCUGUGGCCCAGCCGAGUCCAGACAGCCGGUCCGGCUAGCCAAGGAGCGUGACCCCACGGCCCGCAUUGAGUUUUACUUCGAACAAAGUCGGUAG